AUGAGCGAAGUGAAAGCUGGCACGAUGACGGACUCCGCCAUCGUCUCCUUUGCCUCACUGACUGACUCCCAGUCCGCCUGCUCGUCGCGUCUACCCAAGAAGUCACCACGCAUGACAGGUGAGGCCACCAUCAGACGGCACCCGACUGUAGGCGAGUGGAAAUUCUGUCCGGAGUAUCGUCGACCCGGUGUCUGUUCGGCCAUGCCAGAAGAGAAGAAUGGAUGUGUUGUGGACUGUCAGCUGGCCCACAUCAAGCCCGAGGAUGCCGUCUCGGUGACCGCAUAG